UUUUGGCCACUGCUCGUGCCUUCACAUAUCUGUCACUUGCAAAAUGAAAUUAGAAGACAAUGAAGGGUUUCUCAGUCACCAAGAAACGGAUGCCACAAAAUAUGAUAAUCGAAGUUGUGGUCGAUCGGAAGGUCUGAGAAGCAGAAGUUCCAUCAUUAUUUCUCAAUCUGCGAAUCGUAGUAUUUUUAGCAGUAGAAGAAUCCCGAGCGCAGAAAAGGUUGAAUUUAUGCUCGGCGAGGAUGAUAAUGACGAAACCGAAUCGCUGUUAUUCACUCAGUUAAAUGAACUGGUUGCUGUACAUGAAGACGUGGAAUGGAGACAGACAGCAAGAUGGAUUCGAUUUGAAGAAAAAACUGAAGAUGGAGGAGAGAGAUGGAGUAAACCUCAUGUCACAACCCUGACCCUACAUAGCUUAUUAGAAGUAAGAACAAGCAUUGACAAAGGAACUAUUCUCUUGGAUACAGAAAAAUGCACUUUUAAAGACAUUGUGGAAAAUGUAGUAAAUAUUAACAUUACUAAAAAAUCAAUAAGUCAGGAGGAGAAGAAAAAUAUAUUAUACGUCCUUCUUCAAAAGUAUGUACAUCAGACACGGAAAUCACGCAGAAAAAUGGUGGCAGAGAUGUUAACCUCAUCAUGCAGAGGAAGCAAAUCCUCUCAGAACGGUGAAAGUAUAGAAUUUUCAGAAACACCUUUAAAAGACCAGUUAAAAAAUAGAUUUCAAAAGAAGAUCCCUGAAGGAACAGAAGCCGCAAAUAUUCUUGUUGGUGAAGUUGACUUCUUGACAGAGCCUUUUGCUGCAUUUAUCAGAUUAAAAGAAGCAACGGUGCUUGGUUCUCUGACUGAGAUUGUUUUACCUUCCAGGUUUCUAUUUAUCCUUCUUGGUCCGAGAAACAGAAAUAAAGCGUAUCACGAGAUCGGGAGAGCUAUUGCUACAUUACUCACAGAUGAGUUGUUCAGGAAAACUGCAUAUAAUGCUUUAAGCAAAGGAGACCUAAUUGCAGGAAUCGAUGAAUUUUUAGACGAACUUGCAGUUUUACCACCUGGCAAAUGGGAUCCUACAGUUCGUAUUCAGCCACCAAAGUUUCUUCCUCCACCUCGGAAAAGAAAACUAAAUCUACAGCGAGAAUUGAGAACACAUUGUAAUGGAAAUCCGUUGCAUCCAGAGGAAAAAUUGGCACACGGAUAUCCGCACGUCAGUGAGGAACUGAAAAGAACUGGAAAGUUCUUUGGAGGACUUGUAAAAGAUGUGAGAAGGAAAGCACCGUGGUACUGGAGUGAUUUUUAUGAUGCUGUCAAUAUCCAAUGUUUCUCGUCUAUUUUAUUUAUUUAUUUGGCAACUGCUACAAAUGCCAUUACUUUUGGUGGUAUGCUGGGUGAUGCUACAGACAAUAUGCAGGGAGUCCUUGAAAACUUCCUAGGUACUGCAAUAUGCGGUGCAUUAUUUUGCCUGUUUUCUGGUCAGCCUCUUACCAUACUAAGCAGCACAGGACCAGUCCUGGUUUUUGAGAGGUUACUGUAUAAUGCUAGCAAAGACUAUAAUCUUGAAUACUUGGAAUUUCGACUUUGGAUCGGACUUUGGGUGGCAUUUUACUGCAUUGUGUUGGUGGCUACUGAUGCUAGUUACUUGGUACAAUAUUUCACCCGAUUUACGGAAGAAAGCUUUUGUGCACUUAUAAGCUGUAUAUUCAUUUAUGAUGCGAUAAAGAAAAUGGUGAACAUGAUGGAUCAGUUUCCUAUUAACUGGGGAUAUGUUAUAAAUAACGUUACCCAAUAUAGCUGUGAUUGCAUUUUUCUUGACAAAGGAAAUGAUUCUACAAGCAAUGGAACAACAUAUGUUACAACAAACUCUUCAUCCUAUAUGGAUACUGAACUGUUUUUAAAUUGGACACAUGUCACAAAAAGUCAGUGCCUGGAGUUUGGAGGACAACUGGAGGGAGGAAGCUGCGGCUAUGUGCCCGAUGUUUAUCUCAUGUGCGUUAUACUUUUCUUCGGGACAUUUCUAUGCACAUCAUCUCUAAAGCACUUUCAAAACAGCAAAUAUCUGACCACAACGAUAAGGAGGCUGACUGGUGAUUUUUCAGUAAUUCUGACAAUCCUCAUUUUCUGUGUACUUGAUGCACUUUGCGGAUUGGACACUCCAAAGUUAAUUGUUCCAACUGAAUUUAAGCCAACAAACCCCGAUAGGAGUUGGAUAGUGUUUCCAUUUGGGAAGAACCCUUGGUGGGUAUGUCUGCUUAGUAGCAUUCCAGCAAUCUUGAUCACAAUCCUUCUGUUUAUGGACCAACAAAUCACUGCUGUAAUUCUUAAUCGCAAAGAGUACAAACUGAAGAAAGGCGCGGGUCUUCAUUUGGAUUUCUUCUGCAUAGCUAUAUUAAUCAUUGUAACAUCAUUCAUGGGACUUCCUUGGUAUGUCUCUGCGACGGUGAUCUCACUUGCACACAUGAACAGCUUAAAAAUGGAAUCAACUCAAUCAGCUCCAGGAGAGCAGCCAAAGUUCUUGGGAAUCAGAGAACAAAGAGUUACUGGAUUGGUUGUGUUUAUACUUACCGGAACAUCAGUUUUCCUAGCACCAGUUCUUAAGUAUAUUCCCAUGCCGGUACUUUAUGGAAUAUUUCUUCAGAUGGGUGUCGCUGCAUUAGGAAGUAUACAGUUUAUGGAUCGACUACAACUGGUACUUAUUCCACCUAAGUACCAGCCUGACUUCAUUUACCUACGUCAUGUUCCAUUAAGAAAAGUCCAUUUAUUCACUCUAAUUCAGAUACUAUGUUUGGUAAUUUUAUGGAUAUUAAAAUCAACUUUGCUUGCAAUUAUCUUCCCUUUAAUGUUGUUGGCCCUUGUUGGUAUACGGAAGGCAAUGGAAUGGAUUUUCUCUUUGUAUGAACUAAGUUGGCUGGAUGAUAUUUUGCCGCAGAAAGAGAAAAAGAAAAUUGAGUCACAAAUAGAGGACAUUGACUCAACUGACAGUGAAGAUUCUGAAUUAAAAUAUCAAGAAAAGGCACCAGAAAUAAAUAUUUCGGUGAACUAGCUCCUCUCUGAUGUAAUUCUACUUGGAAGAAUAAAUGGUCUGCAGAAGAAAUGCGUGGUAGAUAUUGAAGGACAGUCAUGAUUAUUUUUUUUAUCCAUUGCAAUUAAAUGAAAUAUCAAAAUACCAACUGACAAUAGGAAGUGCAUAAUAUGGACUUGGGAAAGUCUACAUAUUUUUGUACUAAAGUGAGACAAACAGAUUAUUGGUUUUAACCAAUGGCCCA